CAAAUUUCUUUCAGAAAUGGACCGUGGUGGCAGGAUUACUAGGAGAAACCCGACGGGUCGUGUACCAGUGGAGACUGGACAGGGCAGUCGAAGGACCUCUAGGGCAUCUAGAGGAGCUGGCCGUGGAGGCCAAUCACAGACCGUGAGCGACGGUCAUGUCGACACGGAAAGUGAAACCUACUGGUCCUAUGAGGACUCGACCUAUCGACCGGAAACUGAACCGGUUGAGACCCCUUAUGAAGGGGAUGAUGAUGAUGUAAGUGAUGAGGAGGAAAAUGGCUCCUUAGCACGGAUUGAAGCACUACUUCAACAGUACCACCGUGAGCGUGAGGAGAGGAGGGAACGCCGAAGGCGCCGGGCUGGGCAACCUUCGGGCGGGGCUUCAAGAGGGAGAAGCCAUGGCGACUCUAGGGCCCACAUUGAACCACAUGGGGGUCGGGGUGAUGGAGGUCCAAUCAUAAGGAUCUCCAAAUACAUCAAAGAGGCACGAGACUUGGGGUGCAAACCGUUCGAUGGGACGGGUGACAUCUCCGUUUCGGCACAAUGGGUUAAGCGGCUGAAUGAGGCAGCCCUGGACAUGCAACUCACCCCCGAAUAUAAACUAAGGGUUGCGGUGAGAUUGCUUGAAGGUAUGGCAUCCAAGUGGUGGGAUGGGACCAAAGGCAAAUAUGGCGAGACCGUCACUUGGGAGAAUUUCCGACAGGAAUUCUUUGCCCAAUAUUACUCGGAUUUUGAGGUGAACAAGAAAGUGAGGGAAUACACCCUUCUAACCCAAGGGGGUAACAUGACGGUGAGGGAACUUGAGUACAAGUUCAGGGAUCUUGCCGAUUACAUACCUGAGCAUGCUUGUGACGAGAACCGGAUGGUGAACCACUUCUGGGAUGCUCUAGACUUGGAGAUACGUGACAGGGCAACACAAUUGCCUAACAUGACGUUUGCCCAAGUGGUUGACCAAGGGUUGAAAGGAGAGAAGCAAUGGGAAGAAAGGAAGAAGAGAGACGCCGAGGAGGCGAAAAAGAGAAAGUGGGAGAGUCAUGGCUCCCAAGGUUCCAACAAAAAGGGGAACCACGGAGGAGGAUCUUUCCGGGCACCACCGCCACCAUAUAGGGGGAACCAAGGCCCGAGUGGGCAAGGCGCGAGGUCACAAACCUCAGUGGUAGCUCGUUGCAACAAUUGCAAGAAGAACCACUCCGGUAAAUGUCGCGACCCCCCCUAGAUGUUUUCAAUGCGGGGAUGCCGGGCAUUUGAAGGCACAUUGCCCACAAUUGAGUGGGGCAAGGACAUCGGGGCCGAGUAGCGGUCCGACGGGUACACGGAAUCAAACCGGAGCUUCUCAAGCGAGCCGGGGACAUGGGGGAGCGAGUACGAGCAACGCGCCAUCCGUGAAUCAGGGAAGAACUCAAGCUAGAGUUUAUGCGAUGACGGAGGCGGAUGCUCGAGCUAACCCGGACUCGGUUGCAGGUUGAGGCUAGAGCUUGCUUCCUGUGCUCGUUGAUCGAGUGAUUCCUUGGAGAGAAGACUUGGUUCGUGCUUCCUCCAUUCUGUUUUUAAAUAAUAUUAAACUUGCUCAUGGAUAUUUUACUUUAGAGCCUGCGUGCUCAUGUUUGCCCGGUGUGGCCCUUUUGUUUUAAACAAUGUUUUCCGCUGCGUAUUCAAUUGUUUAUUAUGUAUGUUUAUGGAUGACUUAUGUGUGAAUGAUAUUCAUGACGCCUUGUAUAAUAUGAAUGUGUUGGACUGCGGUUGACUAUUCGUAUCGUACGGCGGGUUGUUGACGUGUCCGGGGGGGUCCGGGGCGUGACAUGAGUCCUGAAAGAGA